UUAACCCAACUAGCAAAAAUUGAAAAAAAAACACAGACAGGCAGACAUACAAGAGACCAAAGGAGACACGAAUUCCCAAACACACAAAAAAGGUGGUUGGUGAUUCCCUUAUCUAUUCAGAAUUUGUGUCUCUGAUUACUACAUUUAAAGAGGGAUUUGGAGUCCCUUGGAGCCAAUAUGGAAUUUGAGAGUAAUAGUUCAAUUUGGGAUGGGGUAUACUACUACCCACAUCUAUUUGGUGCCGUUAUGUUAACCGUUGCAUUACUCGGUUUAUCAACUAGUUAUUUUGGUAGUAUAAUGGGGUUUCCCACACUGCCAUAUAUGUUACCGUAUUUGAGCAAUCUUCAGAAGAAGAAAGGAGAGAAAAGAAAGAUUAGGGUAUAUAUGGAUGGGUGUUUUGAUCUGAUGCAUUAUGGGCACGCGAAUGCUUUGAGACAAGCUAAAGCUUUGGGUGAUGAAUUGGUAGUUGGACUUGUAAGUGAUGAAGAGAUUGUCACAAACAAGGGCCCACCUGUUUUAUCUAUGGAAGAGAGGCUGGCUCUUGUUAGUGGAUUGAAGUGGGUGGAUGAAGUCAUCGCUGAUGCCCCUUAUGCUAUUACUGAAGAAUUUAUGAACCGUUUAUUUAAUGAGCAUAAGAUUGAUUACAUUAUACAUGGUGAUGAUCCGUGUCUACUUCCCGAUGGAAGUGAUGCAUAUGCUUUGGCAAAAAAAGUUGGUCGUUACAAGCAGAUUAAACGCACAGAGGGUGUCUCUAGCACAGACAUUGUAGGAAGAAUACUGGCUUCUAUGGAGGAUAAGAAAACAUCACAGGAUUCAAAUGAAACAGAAAAAAGCAUGGAAAAUUUAACAAAACUUAAGCAUGCUUCUAAUUUUCUGCCUACAUCAAGAAGAAUUGUGCAAUUUUCAAAUGCCAAGGGUCCUGGACCAAAUGCUCGCGUGGUGUAUAUUGAUGGAGCAUUUGAUCUUUUCCAUGCUGGGCAUGUUGAGAUUUUGAAGAGUGCUCGACAGCUUGGAGAUUUUCUGCUUGUGGGUAUUUAUACUGAUCAAAUUGUGAGUGAACAACGCGGGGCUCAUUUCCCACUUAUGCAUCUGCAUGAACGCAGUCUUAGUGUUUUGGCCUGUCGGUAUGUUGAUGAAGUCAUUAUUGGUGCUCCUUGGGAGAUCACAAAGGACAUGAUUACAACCUUCAAUAUCUCAUUGGUUGUGCACGGAACAGUUUCCGAGAGCAAGUCCACCAAUGGAGAGCCAGGUCCUUAUUCAGUUCCCAAAAGCAUGGGCAUUUUCAGAAUGCUCGAGAGUCCAAAGAAUAUUACCACCAUGUCUGUGGCUCAACGAAUAAAAGCCAAUCAUGAAAUUUACGAGAAGCGAAAUGCAAAGAAAGAAGCUAGUGAAAAGAAAUUCUAUGAAGAAAGAAAAUAUAUAUCAGGAGACUGAUUAAACAUGCGUAUGUAGGCAUUGGUUUCGGUUAAGGCUUUGAUUCAUCGCGGUUUUAUAUUAAAGAUGGAUAUCGACGUUUAGUAUCCUAUACUUUGACAUAGAAGAAGCUACCUCUAGUCAGAACGCCUUGGCCUGGUUUUUGUAGCCAGCCCUCUUGCUACCCUUUUAUUCUUUGUUAUUAAUUUUGUUGUAAAACCUCAACAAAUUAAGAUGAUUCAAUCAUCUUGAUUAUUCUGAUCAUAUUAAUACAUGACUAAUGAAGUUUCACCUUUGUAAAUCAAUUUUGAUGUCUUGUGAACCUUGAGUUGUAAAGUAAGCAUUUGUAACUGCAAA